GACACCGGCAAAACAUGCGCUAUUUGAUUUUUCGUGAAAAUUUUUUGCACUUCUGUUAGUUCCUCGACGUUGUGUGGAUCGAUGCGGUGCCAUUCGUAACAUAGUCCUCGAAACGUGAUCGGUGUGCGGAAAAAGUGAUUUUUACUAGUCUUGCAAGGUACAAACCGUGUACCGUCGGUCGUGAAAGCGGUGAAAAGUGUGUUCUAACAUUUCAUAAGUUUCUGCGAAAAGGGAAAAGAACGCUCGUUCUUACACUACCAUUAUGUCCGCGAAUACGGUACUGCUAGAUUUUUCGCUCGACCCCGCCCGAAUCAACGAUGAAGUAUCGCGAAAGGAUAUCGUGCGGCUGUGCAAGGAAGGGCUGGAGAAGUAUCUGACCGGGCUGAAGAUCUCCUACGACAUGCUGACGGCUGAUGGCUACCUCUGUAUUCUAAAUGAAUCUAGCAGCGGAACCAUCGUUACCAUACGCUUCUUCGAGCAAGGCUUGAUUACGAUCAAUGUGGAGUACUACCGAAGGGACGGAGACGAGCCAAAGCUGUCCUUUGAAAACAUGAAAACGCUAGAAAACGGUUUGCGCAUCAGGCUAGAGGCAAAACGCUCCAAGCAUCUUCCACCUAUAAAACGGGGCAGUAACAUUGAUGUUUACUUAACGAGCUCAGACGAGCGUGUCAUCGAGUACGACAUCGACCGUGUUCUGUACGACAAACGAUCGGAGUUCCAAAAGAUUCAAAUAGUACAUUCAAAGAGCCUCGGCAAUAUGUUGGUGCUGGAUGAAUUGCAAAAUAUUGCCGAAGCUGAUUUAAUCUACACCGAAACAUUAAUGCGCCGUGGCAUUGAGGAUUACGUCGGGAAGGAAAUCUGCAUCCUAGGGGGUGGUGAUGGAGCCCUGCUGUAUGAGCUGCUCAAGGAAAAGCCUAAACACGUCGUGAUGCUAGAGAUCGACGAUAUGGUCAUGCAGGCAUGCAACAAGUAUAUGAACUCGAUCUGCGGCAACGUACUAGAGAAGCGCAAGGACGAUAACUAUGAGAUUAUCGUUGACGAUUGCGUUCGAUACCUGCACAAGUUCAGCCAGGAGGGUCGCAAAUUUGACUAUGUGUUUGGUGAUCUAACCGACAUUCCAAUUUCGGAAACUCCGACCGGUGAGAUUUGGGAUUUUAUUCGUAAAAUCUUACAAUCCUCGUUUGAAGUUCUUAAACCUGACGGGAAGUUUAUGACUCAUGGCAACGGUGUAAGCUGCCCGGAAUCGUUGAAAAUGUACGAGGAGCAGUUGGUAAAGUUGGAGCCAAAGGUAUCGUACACCAAGUGUACCGCGUUUGUACCAUCCUUCAUGGAAGAAUGGGUUUUCUACCAAGUGCAACGCGAGGACACUAAUGUCGUCGCUAGCGUUUGACUUAGUCGCGUUUCUACUGAACUAUCGUUGCAAUUAUCUCCAGUAGCAGAAGCAGCAGUAACAUUGAUAGAAGAAGAAUUAUUCUAUCCGACGAUUUCGUUCCAAGUUGUACCGAUUAGCAGUAGCAAAAUGGAAACUCGAUAGCAGCACAAACAGCCAAGACAACAACUAGAAGUAGUAGAAUUUCUUACUUAUAGAAUUACACGUUACUUAAAAGAAUAUGCCCAAAAUGGCAAGGAAUUACUUCACCAAAGUUUGACCUGAGUCAGCAGCAAUAAGGAAAAUAACUUUAUUCUUCUUCCACCUCUGGUCACUGAGACAGAGUGUUAGCUUUAGCUGAUGUGGUGCAGAAUGGAACGUAUUCCUUCCGAUAACCUAGUGCGCAACGUAAUGCGUACCUACCGUAGUUUCGCUGCCAAAUGAUACCUUUUCCAUCUAUUAAUUUAUGCUCUCCACAAUCGAAACGUGUGACUAUUCUUUUGUGACAUCAACUUACGUUGCUUGCACGCAUAAUCUACUUAAUAGCACUGUAGACAGCACAAACUAGGCGGUUUUGAACCGCUUCUUAUGAAUUAUUAUUGAACUAUGCCAUAAUGAACCUUGAGUCAAUCAACUUCGAAUUAUUAUGUGAAAAACGUGAUCACCCUGAAAGUGGAACAUUAUAAGUUAGAUUUAGUAUGUUUUGGUUUCGUUAAUUUUAAUGUUGACCUCGGAGUUAGUGUACUUACAAAGAGAAUGACCAUUAUGUAGUUUGCUGCUUACGGUACGGUAGGGGACGGAAAUCGAUGCGUCAUUUUGGAGGAUUAUGUGCAAAAGUCCAUUACAAACUAAUGAAGAACUAGAUCACAAAAUAAAAUUGAAAUUUUUUCCCUACGUCACAAA